AUGCUGCAGAAGUCUGCCACGGGCACCUGGCUACCAGCCUGGGUGCCUCAAUCGACGGUGACCCUCUCAAUCUGCUUGAUAUUCUGCUCCAUGGUACAAUCGGCAACUGGUGGCUACGACGGGUCUAUGCUCAAUGGUCUCAACAUCUUACCGUCGUACACAGAUUAUUUCAACCUCAAUGCUGCAACCACUGGCCUCAACACUGCUUCCGUCUUUAUCGGCGGCUUCUUCGGUCCUCUUGUGUCUGGAAUCAUCGCAGAUCGCCUCGGCAGACGACCAGCUGUGUUCUGGGGCUCGGUUCUGACUCUAGUUGGUGUCUUGCUUCAAACCGCUGCACAAAACAUCGCCAUGUUCGUGGUCGCUCGCAUUGUUCUGGGAUUUGGUUCCGCCAUUUCUGGUAUUGCAGGCAGUGUCUACUUGGCAGAGACAUACCCAAGCAAGUAUCGCGCAUGGGGUGUCGGGUUACUGAAUGAUUUCUACUAUCCCGAAUCUCCGCGUUGGUUGAUCCACCGUGGUCUUUACGAUGAAGGACGUAUAGCAGUCGCUCAGACAAACGCCAACGGAGAUCUGAGUGACCCCGUUGUACUCGCAGUAUACAAGGAGAUCGUCGACACUCUCAACUGGGAGAAGGAGAACCUGAUGACCUUCAAAGAAACCAUCAAAAACCCCGUUUCGCGAAAACGCCUCCUUAUUGGGAUGUCGCCUGGCCCCUUUUCCUGCAUCGCCGGGAAUAUCAUUGCUUCUUAUUAUCUUGGUCCCGAGCUGGACACUGCUGGCAUCACAAACUCAAAUGACCAACUCAAAGCAAAUGUCGUCCUCAACGUCUGGUGCCUUGCAUGUGCUCUCGGCGGCACACACCUGGCUGCGCGAUGGGGUCGCAAACCUACCGCCAUCCUUUCACAGUGUCUGCUGAUUAUAUGCCUGUUUGUUAUUGGAGGGUUGUCCAAGAUAUAUGCUGAUAACCCUGAUGGAGCGUCAAAAGGACUCGUCUAUGGCGACGUCGCCGUCAUGUUCUUGUUCCAAGGGUUCUACUCGAUUGCAUGGACGCCAUUGCUCUACCUGUACCCACCCGAGAUCAUGAACUACGCAAUCCGUGCAAAUGGCCUUGCAUUCUCGUCGUUCAUGUUGAAUGCUCUCGCGGUCCUCCUUGUCUUCAUUAUGCCAAUUGGCCUGAAUAACAUUGGGUGGAAAAUGUACAUCAUCAACGGCUCAUGGGAUAUUAUAGUUGUGGUGCUAAUUGUGGUCUUCUGGGUUGAAACGAAAGGUCGAACUCUGGAAGAGAUUGAUGCUCUCUUCGAAGGACAGAAGCACUCUGAUGUACCAGAUGUCGAGUUGGUUCGUACUGGUAAAGCUUACAUUGAUGUCGAUAAAGUGCAGCGCGACAUCAGUACAGUUGUGGAAACUACCAAACUAGAUUAG